GAGAUGACAUAUUUUUAAUGAAUCAGUGGGUCUUUGUUUUUGUGGAGAACAAAAGUACCACGCCACUUAUUACAAUAAUUUAAAAUUGUAGUCAAUUUUCAUUAAUGUUUCUGUUAAAUGUAAUUUUCAUUAUUUUUUCUAUGAUUUUUCUACAUUCGUGGUAGAGUGCAGAUGGUUUUGUUGUUUUUGUAACUAGCUUAAUUUCUUUAUAAUGCCAUAGAUCAGUCUGUCGUUAACUUUAGGUCAUUGAUCUUCUCGGAGUAACCCGAUUACCAAAUUCACUGUACAUACAUGUAGAUGCGAACUUUUGCAUUCAUCUGGUGAAUUUUACUUUGAGAUCACGACUUAUUAAAGAAGCAGAAUCUACAUAUAUAUCUCCGUCAUUUUUCACAAAAAUGUAAAUAUAAUCAGGGCCUGUUUUUGUUUCCUUUUUAAAAUCCGACUGUAUUGUGAUUUCCUGAUGCAAAAAUCGCAUGUUAAGGUAUUUUACACAUGCAAUCUCUGAAAAAUAGGUAGGUGUAUAGUCAGGUAUAGUCAGCUUUCCUUUGUUGUUUGAACCAAUCGCUUGACUUGUCACACCCACCUCUCUCUAAUGCUGUAUAGUUUGUAGCUUCGGUCUGUCACGGUUUUCCUUGCUGCCUGGUCCUUGAUGGUGCUUUGGCUGACAAUACAAUUAAAAUACUGUGUUCCUAACUAUAUAUGAUUUUAGACUAAAGAGACAGAUGAAUGCACUGCCACAAUGUUUAAAUCAGCAAUUUGAAAAAUAAAACGCAACAAAAGGUACAUUUAUCUAUCGUAGAAAAUUAUUCUAAAGUAACGCUGGAGCAACGUACUGCGAAAUCCUCCAUGAAAUUUCCUUCAAAGCGCAAACGCACAUGUGCCCCACCCCCACCCCCAGGGGAAUAUUGCCAGGUCCCACACCGCUGGAGUAUUUAGGCUAUUCUCAGCUUCAGAUUUUAAAGCUGUGGAUCACUGUUACCGAGGAGGAUAGACCUACAGUUUGGAGUAUGAGUGGUCCUGGAGUUCAUUUUCUGCAACGACAGCCAAGAUUCAGAGAAGCACAAGCGGUUCCCCCAACAUCUCUGCCUAAUAGCACGAAAGUCACCAUAACAAAACUCAUGGCACAGUCCUAUGACAGCCGUCAGAGCGCACCGAACAAACGUGAGCUGUCUGCGCUGGAUUUAGGCAUGUAUUCUGGAAAUACUGGAAUCUCCUUGGGAACUACUGCAUGUGGCGUGUUAGCUCUUUGCUGAAGAGGACCCUCCAGAUGCCUUGUCAUUUGGAAUACAAAGCUGACUUUUUCGCCGUUGCACGAGGCGCCCGGAUUAGAAGAAACUUUCUGCUGAAUUCAUAUUUGUAUUUUUAUAUUUUUUACUCCUAUUUUAACUCCUUUUUAUUCCCUUGAUGAUCUUAUCGUUGGUUCAUUGGUUGAGUGACAGCCCCGUAGUACAAUCCUGAUCAUGAUCGCCACCGGGGGUCUGCUGCGGAUAUCAGCUAGGCGCCAGGACUCGCUCCGGGCCAAGAACCGAGCCGAGAACAAACGGAAGAGGAAAGCCAAGAAGAAGAGGAAGAACGACGUGGUCGUAAUCAAGGGCAAACUGAAGCUCUUCUCCAUCUCGGGGCUGGUGGCUGCCGUGGGCGUGGUCAUCCUGCUGGUGGGCGUGGCCAUGGCCAUGCUGGGCUACUGGCCAAAGGAAAGUCUGGCUUACCCAGAAUCUCAGCUGUCUGGAAAGGUGGAAAAACAUCAGAGCAGCUUCAACAGAACUCUGCCUGAGUCCAACAACUGGACAGUAAGUGGUACGCUUGGGUUCUCAGUGAGUGAGGACCUGGUGAACUACAGCCAGACUAAUGGAACUGACACAGCUACUCCUCCCUUAGGUGUGAUUGACAGGUUCUUGGCCAGGUGCCUGUACUCUGAUGAACUCAAGGUCUUUGGCCCGUUGGUAAUGGGUGUCGGCAUAUUCCUCUUCAUCUGCGCCAACGCCGUGCUUCAUGAGAACCGGGACAGAAAUACUAAGAUCAUCAAUCUGAGGGACAUCUACUCAACCGUUAUCGACAUCCACAGUUUGCGCACCAAAGAUUGCACACCACUCAAUGGAUUUGUGAACUACGUGCAGUCGAGGAGCAUAGACGGGAAGCCAGGCCCCGCCUACAACGCUGCCAUGCUGGCCCGUAGCUCCUGGCCCUCCACGGUUUCGGGGAAAGCGCAAGAGCGGGUCGGGCCCAGGCCCUUCGGCCGGAGGAGCAGCUCCUCACGCGAGAGGCAGACCUUCACAGACACUGUCUACAGCAUCUACCGGGACCAGAACCGGACCAUAGAACGGGCCCCGGUUCCCAAGCCUUGGGAGACCAGAACCAUAGUCACCUCUUCAGUGAACGCUUUCACUCUCCCAGUGAUCAAACUGAACAAUUGCGUGCUGGAGGAGCCCAAACGCUUGGGGGGAGGUGAGGGUCGGGGAGACACUGGCGACGCGCCCGAGGAGGUGCAGGCAGAUUGUAGCCGUGGCGACGGCAGUGGAGACAAAACCAAAGCGGAGUCCUCGAGGGCCGGCCCCUUUGUUUGCCAGGGCUCGGCCGAAACGCAGGAGGGUUCAGGCGGACAGCAGGGAGCGCCUCGCGCAUCUCUGCAGGGGUCGCAAGCCCAGCUCCUGCCCCCCUCGCCCGGGCUGAGGCCGAUAGGGUCACACGUGUCGCUCAGCGCGCUGUCGGAUUACUCCAGAUGCGUGGACCCGGGCGCCUCCCCAUCGGGGCAGGGGGACAGAACCCGGCGCCUCAGCUGUCCCCGUCUGGACCGGUCCUGCAGCAAGGGCUACAUUAAGCUGGGAGACCUGGGAGGGGAGUCAUUCGAGUCGUCCGACACGGGCGCCCCCAUAAUGACGGUCACGGGCGAAGGGGUAUCUCAGGGACAAGCAUCGCAGGCCACGCCUCACCCCGGGGCGGGAGCCUCAAACAAGCCGCCUCGAGGGUCGCCAUGGAAAUACUUCAACAGGGAAAAGUUGGUAAUGAUCUCCCAGUCAAAUCCCUCUGAGGAGGACGGGGAACUCGAGAGCACUGGCAUUUGAAGUGACUCCACAAAGUUUGCUUGCACAAUUUUGUAAAAAGGGUUACUGGGGAGCGCUAAAUGACGCAGUGUAAAAUACCCAUCGAUGCAUUGACUGAAAUUACAAACCCAUAUGAGGUUGUCUACAUACCUUUGUUCAAGAAAAUGGCCCAAUCAAUUUGAAAUAUAUGUCUGCUACUGGAAGCCGAACAACACUUGAUUUCCCAUAUAUUAUUAAAUUAAAUGAAUUCUGAGUUUGCAAUUGCUUAUCUAAUGUUAUUAUUUGGUGUUAUCAGUGUAUUGAUGUUCUGUCUAGCAGGUAGAAAACAUAGUUCAAAGGCUCCCCUUGCAAAAAGUAAUGUUCAUAUAUAUAUAUAUAUAUAUAUAUAUAUAUAUAUAUAUAUAUAUAUAUAUAUAGUAAAAUAUAUUAUUUAUUGCCUUGAUAUAUAUGCAGUUUUACUCAUAUGCUGUAUUGUACAAUAUAUACAAUAUAUUUUACAGUAUGUGUACAAAAUUACUUAUACUGAUGGCAGUAGUUAAUAUGUUUUGUAAUAUAUACAGUGGAUUUUCACAGGCAUUAUGAAUAAGUAUUUGCAAUAUUUUCAGCCAAAGUGACUGUAUAAGUUGGUAUGUAAAACUUUUCCAUGAAGACGAGGAUGGGGUGGCUGGGCAUUACUGUUGUAAUCUCAAAGCAAAAAAUAUAAUUUUUGAGAAAAUGGAGGCGUGGAGUGUGAAGGACAAGUAUUUUCCUUGUUAUAAGUUAAAAGUGAUAUUCUCAUUAGAUUGUAAUUGUUUUUUAGCAUAAGGACUGAUUCAGUCUAAGGGCUGGAAUAAUUCAAAUCAGUAUCUCAUUGAAGGCAUGAGAUUUAAACUUGUCACUAGUUUUAGAACUUUGAUUGAACCAAAACUUAAGUCCUAAUAGAACGUACGGUGUCUAAAAUUUUUUUUUCUUACGUGUGUGCCAGAAGGCAGAUUUUUGCUGCCAGUUACUGUUUUCAUACUGUAUGUUUGAAAUGAAAUCUAGCAAUAUGAUAUGUAACAAUUAAUUCCUGCUGUGGAAGCAACAUAGUAUUUUUGUCACUGCACAGUGAUUUAAUUUUUAAAUGAUUAAGUUGUAUCAUGCUUUGAAAUUAUAUGUAUAUAUAUUUUUCCUGUUAAAAUGCCUGGCUUGCUUGUGUAGAAAUCUAUCUAUAUUCUGACUUUGGCCUGACCAUUACUAUUUUACCACUGAUAGGUUUUCAAGUGGGUCAAAAUCUAUAUUUAGCCCCAUCCUUUGGUACUACGUAUGUAUGAAACAUGUUUGUGUGAUGUUCUUGCCUGGGACACUAAUAAUCAGUAUUUUUUCCAACAAUUCAAAAUAAUCAGGGUAUUUUGAACAUCAUCUAUCAAUGUAAUAGUUCACUGAAAAUACGUAUUACAACUGCCACUAGUUUGUUUAAUCAAAGUGUUCAGUUGAAAACAAAACUAGUUGGAUGAGCCUGACUUCUGUGGUUUUCGCAGUAUUUUCAAAGUCUCAGUUAAGAGGAUAUAUUUGCACUUAUUUUCAUGUUUUUGUGAGUAUACGAAACAUGGAAAUAAAUCAUUGACGACACAAAGCGAUUUUGGAUUUGUGAAGACUGGUACCUUGAGUUGGCAAAUAUUAGUGUCACUAGUAUGAAAAAUGGCGUGUUAUUGAUAGAUGUUUCUUUACAUGUUACUGGAAGGUUCAAUAUUUAACAUUAGUUUAAAACAUUUCCAAUGUCUAUAUAUUGAACUUUCUUUGUUAAUGUGAUAUAAUUCAUGAGCCUUCCACUAAUGUUAAACACUGGCAGAGUUCUUCCUCAGUGGGCGAAAAACUGUUAGUAUUGUUAAUAUUAAACAAAUACCAUUGGUAGUAAGUAGCAAGUAUUUUUAUAAGGAAUUUUGUUAAAUGUUUGACAUUCUUGACCAAGGAAUUAGUAGUUGUUGAUUGGAAUAUAUAUUCAGCUCCACAAGUCCUUGUUUUAUGAGCAAGCCAUUGAGAUUCAAUGAAAUAAAUGUAUUUUUGCACAGAUGUGUGCAUAAACUAGAUGUGCCCCCUAAACAAAUUAGAAUUCAACUAAGCACCGGUUAUACAAAAAGUACAUAGUGACACAAAAAAUGUUUUUCCUGUACAUAUGUAGCACAGACCCACCCUCUCUCAGAAAUAAUGAUGAAAAUGUGACAGCCAUUUUUUCAGAUAACAGCAUUGCUUCCAUGUUUCUCUUCCAUGUGAGCACAAUGCAUUCUUUCUUUACUACUUAAUAAAAAGAGAAGCUCACAUCA